UGUGCCACUCCAUCGACCAGUCCCUGUCAAAGAGCCUCGUGGCACGAGCUAUCAGGAUGUGAAGGCAUCAACUUACUCGUGUUGCUUGUUCUACGUUACUAUGUAAUAUGGAGCUACUUGGCUCUCGUCAGCUUGCCACGCACGGCUGGACAGCUGAAGUGGAGGCUUGCUAGAUGGAGCUCCAAAUUGCUCAGCCACGAGCUCCAGCGUUUCGGUCAUUUAGACAUCUCAUGUCACCGCGCGAAGCAUCUCAUGGACAAACCUUCAACGCAAUAAGUAUACCACACCAUCCCGCUGACCUGUAUGUAUGUAAAUACAAUGGGCAGUGCAGCUUGGUACCGACUGUUCCGAAUAAGACUCCCAGGUUCCGCUUUCCGCACGGGUUUCAGCCCAGAAAAUGAAGAAAGGAAAAAAAUAUUGGGCCAGAGGCUGUGAAACCUCAACGCGCGCACCGUGGGCCUGGAUAACGGAUCCGUGUGGCUUGCACGCUAUUUAUUACGUUACUAACUAUGCGGCUCGACCAGCAACCUACCUACGUACUAGGCCCAGGCCACACACUGCCGAAAGGGCUGACUGCAAGAGGAGAGAGAGAGCGAGAGAGAGAGCGAGGCACGACAACAGGUCGUGAUUGAUUCCACAGCCCUGUCGCGACAGGGCAAUGCAUGCGAAUUUUCCUAGAAUGAUGCUGCCCAGCUGAGUUGCACGCACGCACGGACCGAACGGAUUGCACAUGCUCAGCGGGCUUUCAACGUCCGCGUCAUCGUCGUCGUCGUCGUCGUCAUCGUCGUGACGGCUUCUUCUUCUUCUUCUUGUCACCACCUGCUCUUAUCUUGCUAGGAGUUUCCCGCACUAAAACGCUUGUCCCCUUGACGCGAGCGGCACGGCUCGACGACACUAACGAGGCGAGGCGAGGGCGAGGCACAAGAUCGUCGUGGUGGUAGUGGUGGAGAAAAUACCACGUACUUUGUGAACAGCCAGCAGCGGCAAGCAACAGCAUACCAGCAAGCGUCAAGCAGAAAGCAGCCAUGGCAGCAGCAGCAGCCCACGACCUCAAGCCCGUGAUUCGGCAGUCGGCCCCCAUCGACAUGUCCAAGGGCUACGACCCGUCGACCCUACGUGGCAAGGUCGUGCUCAUCACGGGCGGCGCCAACGGCCUCGGCGCCAGCAUGGUCCGGGCCUGGGCCACGCACGGCGCGCACGUCUUUAUCGGCGACGUCGACGACGCCGCGGGCGAGCGCCUCGUCGCGGGUCUGCGCGCCGCGCACCCGGCGCAGACGUUCCACUACCAGCGCUGCGACGUGACGGACUGGGACGAGCAGGUCGCGCUCUUUGAGACGGCGGCGAGGCUGAGCCCCCGUCGGGGCGGCGGCGGAGGAAGAAGAGGAGCAACAGCAGCGACGGCAGCGGCGGAAGGAGGAGCAGGAACAGCAGCAGCAGGAACAGAAGGACAACAAGGGGAGAUUGACAUCGUGGUCCCCAACGCGGGCAUCAUCAACGCCAGCGAGAGCUACCGGUUCGAGAACCCCCGCCCGGACCCCUCCACGGGCCGGAUCUCCAAGCCCGACACGCGCACCCUCGAGGUCAACAUCGUGGGCGUCACGUACACGACCCACCUGGCCCUGCACUACCUCUCGCUCGGCAGCAGCAGCCGCAGCGGUCGCGGUCCCGUUCGCGGCGGGGACAAGUGCCUCCUGCUCAUCGGGUCCGUCGCCUCCAUCAGCCCCUUUGCCGGACAGACGCACUACACCAUGUCCAAGCACGCCGUCGCGGGACUCUUUCGCACGCUGCGCGCCACGGCGUUUCUGCGCGUCAGCGGCAGCGGCAACAACGGCUCCAGCGGUAGUGGCGGUGGCAGCGGCGACGGAGAAGGAGGAGAAGGAGGGGGAGUAGAAGAAGAAGAAGCCGCGCAGCUGCGCGUCAACAUGCUCGCGCCGUACUACGUCGCCGGAAGCCGCAUGCUCCCCACCUUCGCCGAGGCCGCGCUCCUCAGCGGCGGCGCCGGCGGCGCCUCCAUCCCAGACGUGGUCGACGCUGCCACCCGGCUCGUCGCCGACCACGGCAUCGCCGGCCGCGCGCUGCUCGUGGGGCCGCGCCUGCGCGACGGCCUGCCGGGCGAGGUGCCCGUGCAGGAGUGGGAGGGGGUAAGCAGCAGCAGCGACGUCGACGCGGAGCACCAGCAGCACCAACAGCACCAGCAGCAAGGCAAGGGCAAGGGCGGGGGACGGGCCGCGUGGGAGUGCUACGCUGGCGACUACGACGAGGUCGAGACGUUUACGUACCGCUAUGUGAGGGCGCUGGCGGCGGCGGCGAGGGUGAGGAGCUCGCUGGCGUGGAUAGCCGACUUGUGGAACAUGCUCGUCAGGAAAUAGGGCUGGACUGGACUGGACUGGACUGACCGAGCAGACUGAAACGAGACGUACGUUACUACCUUGAAAAGCUUGCUUUGCUACGGCUGCGCAUCAUCGGACCUUCAGUAUCAGUAUCGGGUGUGCACACACUGCAUGUAUGAAAAGAUCUAAAAGGAGACUGCCCAAGACCCUGCGCAAACGGGCGAGUGUUCAAUAUAU